AUGCUGCCCAAUCGAAUAUGCUUCUUCCUACACUUUCAAUUAAAAAGUCGCGUGGAAUUGCGUCGAGCGUCGCUAUGGAGACAAUGCUUUGUUAGUCAUGUUAGUGUUUCUUCGGUACAGAUUCGCGGUGUUUUUCUCUCAAAUGUAUCUCGUCGGACUUUGACGGCAUGUGCGAUGGAGGGAUCGAGGACAAUGGAAGAAUGCGAUGAAACUUGUUCCUCAAAGCAGGAUGGCGUUGCUGAGAUGCGACCGGAAAGUCGCUGCGAGGAUCAGCACCGCUGGCAGACUGUGACGAAUGAUUCGUAUCAGGCCCCGUUGCCCAACCUUUCGCGAACAUUGGGCCGAAGACGCGAACUGGUGAAAAAUUUUAUCAGUAAUCGAGUUUUUGGAGAAGCGAUCGAUGCUAUGAUCGCCGAGCCGCCGCCUGAGCCUGUCAGUCCCUCUGAAUACGUGGAGAGUUUCUGCGACUCAAAAUUCACUCCCUUUAUGGAUCGAAUCGAGUACGACAACAGGAAACACACCAAGUAUCCCCUCUACGGCGGUGCAACAGUCCAGUCCUAUUACAAAUCGCAACUUGAUAACGGAACGCUUAAAGCUCGAUCGGAAAUUGCAAACCUCAACGAGCCUUUUCGAAGAUCGUCCGCUUUCACGACACCUCCAGAUUUGGCAAUCAGAGAGCCGGUAGGAGGAUUCUAGAAAUCCAUCUUAAUCAUUGGAACUGUUGGCUGGAGUGUAUGUAUCAAGAACGGCAGCCUUAUCAGUUGACCCGUUAACUGAAAAAUAUAUCUUUAGUCAACAUCUGACUAUCGAAGGGCCUGGCC